GCCAAUUCACCUUUUAAACUGUGCGCGGUUGUGUCUUUCCCGUGUUUGGAUAUUAAGUCUUUUAUCGUAUACAUGUAGGAUAAACUGCACAGCUGCUCAAACCGUUGUUAUAAUGGACAAUAAGUGUUCUGUUUAUGUGUGGUAAAGAGAACUUUUUCUUCAAACGUCCACCCUUCAGCUGCCAACAUGAAGUGUUUGAAGGUGGAAGAAUACAUCAAGCGGACUGCCUCUGUGAAAGAGAUACGGCUUUUAUAUCAGGAACUACAGAAUUAUGUGAAGAACCAACCUGGGCUUCAGGGUCGCACGCUGUGUGACAGGGUCGCCAGAGCCUGUAACCAUAAUCUUGGAGAAGGAUGCCUCGACUUUGACCAUGUCAGUCAGCUGGUAAAGCUGGUUGAGCUUUCCCUUCAUGGCUAUGAUAUUUGUGCAGCAGGUAUUGCUCAAAGCAGUCCGCUGUACAUGGAAAAGAUCAUUUUCCACAUUGUCAAGAAGCUGAGCACUCUCGAAGUUUACUCUCUUUGCAGCCGUGUAGCUGGGUUGCUUUACAGCAGACUUGCCACAGCACAACAGGGUGGGGAAGACUACUGUGUCCUUGUGAGGAACUGCUUCUUUGUCCUCUGGAAUGGACUAUCUGUGGGCAAAACCAAAAAAAUUCUUAAUCCACGCAACAAACUCCACUGCCAAAUGCAAGCUUUGAGCUUCCUUCUGUUACUGGAUACAGAAAGUGCUAUUCCUUCUUCCUCUAAAGUUCCCACAUACACAGAAGAUGCCAUUACUGCAUUUAAGAGUAGCUGUGAAACGAUGACAAAGGAGGAUGCCUCCUUUCUCAUCGAGGAAAUACAGACACUUUUUAACAGAUGUUGGACUGGUGGUCACAGCAGUGAAGGAGAUGGGUCCAAGCAGUGUGCAGAUGCAUCAAGUUUUUAUUUGCUUUUUGAAGUGGCACUGAUUGUAGCGAAGGUGCUUUGUAAAACCAGUCACUACAGUCUGGCCUCUGCUUUCCUGGAUGAAAUCGAGAGCAAGGUUUCAGACUGUGUUAACGGUCAGUGUACGGCGCUGGGACUCGGCAAGUGGGGAAUAAAAAUUCAUUCAGCAGUAAAGGCUGGUGAAGAAAGUGGCCAGGCUUUCACAGAGUGUGCAAGAGCCUUGAGGUCUGUCUCAGCUGACCUGGGCGACAGGGAAGCUCAUGCUGUUCUGGAAGGAUGCAGUCUGGUUGUUUGGGCUGUCGAAAGUGGCCACAACAAGGGAUUUAGUGGACCAGCGCUUCUGGCGUUGUUUUCGUUCCUUGAGGAGCACCAGAUACGGAUAAUGAAAGGACUAAAAAAGAAAUCAGCACACCAGGCUGAGAGCAGCAGACUGCAGCAGGAACUUUGCGUCAGCAUUUACAAAGGCUUUGCGUUUGCUUAUGAGAGUAUACUAGCAUCACAGCUGGAGGACAGUGACAUACUGGACAGAGUGCUGCUCUACUGUAAAGCUACAGCUGGACUGAUGAUGACAGAACUGCGCCAGUUGUCUAAUGAAAGCCUUCUUGUCAAAGCAGUGAUUACCGUGAGCAACUUGGCCUGUGCUUUAUACAACCGUAAUCACUAUGACCAGGCCUUCACUCUUGUUGAGACCCUCUGCAGGGAUCUGUCCAAGAAUUGUCCCGUGUCGCUCUCUGUAGAGAAGUUAAGCCGACUCUUCAUGCUGGCUGUACAAACUUCACGGCGAUCUGGACAUUUUGAGCGAGCUUUGGACUGGGUGAUCCUGUGGCUAAAGGCUCUAGGGGACAAGAUCACGACUCACAUGGCUGAACCUGUCUCACUCUGGGUGAAAACAAAGACUGAUGCAGCACGUAACUCCGAGGAGGACAUAAGACUCAGGACAUUACGUGAUGGUUUUGGUCCUGAUGUACCUGAUGAGCAAAUAAUGCUUUCCCUUUUGGAAGAAGAGUUACGUGCUUAUAAGGAGGUUGCAGCAGAUAUGGCCCAGGAACGUUACAACACUCUGUGUGAUCUGUUGGACAUCUGCCAUGAGCAGAGUUCCCAUACCCAUCUACGUGCUAUUUACCUCUGUGAAAUGGCCCAAGUUGUGUGCUUCCAGGAUUUCAGUGAGCAGACUGACUGCACGGCAGUUGACUUCAUCCAUGAAGCUUUAAGGCUUCUUGAAGAAGAAACGGAGACUCCAGAGAAUGCGGACAAACUGAAAGAUGACAAAGCUCAUGCGUUACUUUGGCUGUAUAUCUGCACUCUGGAGAAGAAUCUUCAGGAGGCAAUUGAGAAUGACAGAAAAAGAAGAGAUCUGUGUAGGCAAACGCCGUAUGCUGCCGAUCCCGUAAUCAAUGAUUUUGAGUAUGAAGACAAGCAGAAGACACAGGACAGUAAUCAGGUCUACGAAAGACUGCAUUUCAACCUGGCUGCAGAAAACAAGUUGUGUCAGCCUUUGGAGAGAGCUCUGGGUGGAUGGUCUGCUCUUCUUCAGCAUCAAGCCCUGCCUUCUGUUAGGAACCCCAAACAGACCUGUAGCUCCAUUGCUCUGGCUGCAGCUCUUUUCAGGCUCAUGGGAAAGCCUCUGAAAGCUUUGGAAGCUUACCAACUUGUGAUUGGACUUUCACGUCAACUUGCUGAUGCUCAGGGUUGUGCCAGUGCUCUCUGUCAGUCGGCCAAGCUCCUCCUGGAUAUGGGCAGCCCUGAAGUGGCUCUGGCCCAGUUGGAGCAAGCAGAAAAAGCUCUUGCUUCAGACCCCACUGCUGACAGCAAAUCGUCCCUCUCUGUGCUGGCUGUCCUAUUGAAAGCUCAGUACUACUACAGCACAGGACAGGUGGAUUGUGGAGUGCCUUAUCUGUGUGAGGUGCUCAAAGAAGUGAAUGAUCAGAGACAAUCAAAGUCCUGGUACCUUCUGCGUGUGCAAACCUUCCAGACCUGCAGCUCUUACCUGAGUUUAGACACCGCUCAACUGCCACAAACCCAACGAAACUGUAUCACACAACACGGUAUAAAUACCCCGGAUGUCGCUCUGUAUGAGAGCUUGAAGCUUCUCUGCAGCCUCCUUUACACUUUAGUGGGAGGGGGUCUAUAUGGGGCUGACAGCAGCAGCAGCUCAGAUGUGCGCUUCAUUGACCAAGGUGAUAACCUGGUGUGGAAGUGGCUCCUGCUCUCAGAGGUGUUAAACAGCUCCAUGAAGCUGGUGGCUGUGAGGAGCAGUUGUGGGAGCAUCAAUGAGGCUAGACGUCAAUGCCUAGAAGCCCUGAAACUUGCCACUAAGCUGCAAGCACUCAGCCAAUGUGCUGAGCUGCUUGUGACGAAAGCCGAGUUGGAGUUAAUGCAGGGGGAGAGAGAAGAAAGUAAAGCUGAUUUAGACAAAGUCAGAAACCUUCUGGAUCUCUGCACAGAUUUUUCUGAUCAGGUGAAGAGAACAGAUGUGAAAAUCAAACCAAGAAAAGGUCGUCCUGUGCAGAAAUCUAAGUCUCCCCUUCCGACCGUGGAGGAUGAUCUACAGGACAUUCUAAGCACCAGGUGGAUUACCAAAGAACCUAUAGUGAAGGAUCAGUCCAGCUCCCCUCCUCUCAAAGCACAGCCUCGCCGCUGGCUCUCCUGCCUUGCGCAUGAACCUGACUGUCUGUGCCCCUGCUGCUCUGAACCGUGUCUUGGUCGUGCCACUGCUCGCUGGGCAGCUACACAGGCUGAUCUGGUUCUUCAGCUGGAUCCCAAUGAAGCCAGUGUCAGCUUAAAACUUCAGAGGACAACAUUAUCCCGCUGUAAGAAUCUUGCCAGCAAACUUAAGGCAAAAUUGACUGAACUCUUCCCUGCUAAAGGCAACUCCAGAUCCUCCCUGAUGCAGGAUGUGGUGGGCCGUGUUUAUCUACAUAUGGCCCUGUCUGGGCUGGAACCGAGGCUGAACAAGGCCUGUGGUGUAUGGAAAGUCCUGGAAGCUGGCUUAGCAUUUGUGGACUCUACACCCUCGCCUGUGCUAACACCUGUGAGAGCAGGCCUAUUGGCAACCAAAGCCAUUGCAUCAUUGAUGCUCUUGGCUGCCAAAAAGGGCUGCACCCCAGAGGAGCUCUUCUCAAAUGCUUGGACAUGGAAUUUACCAAAAGAGGAUAAAGAGCUGAGAUCACUUGCUCCCUCAUCCACACAUAAGAAGGCGAAAGAUGUCAUUAAAAACCCAGGUAUUCCUGACACAAAAAAGGAGGCAAAGAAGGUCAAGAUUCAAUGGACAAGUUCCUCAACCAAAGAAAAAAGUUUAUUUCCCAUGACACCAGUUAUGCCGAAAUCUAAGUCCUCUGGGAGAACACUUGACUGUUUUGACUUCAACACAGUGGUACCUACUUUAGCUUGCACUCCUGUUCCAAGUAUGAAAGGUCCAACCUCAGUGCAGAAAGCACCAAAGACUGCCUCUAAGCUGCAGUUUCAUGUGUAUGAAGAGCUGUCGCCUGUUCAAGACAAACCACAGCGUGUGCCCGCUGCCCCCAAACGCACAAAGAAAUCCCGUUUUAAGGUGGAAUUUAGUGAUGAAAGUGACUCAGAGGCCAGUACCCAAGCAGAAUCUAAGGAAAAAGCAGAUGUCCUUAAAAAGCGAACGACUGCUAGAAGAGCUGGUCAGAACGCUAAAAACGCCCCAGGUCCACCUGCAGAGAAGGUCCAACCCAAGAGGCAGGUAAAGGGGAAAAGGAACACUGCAGUGCGUCGUCCUACUUCUUCAGAAGAUGAUGAGAUUUUGGUCUCAACAAGAAGAGCUAGAACCAGAAGGCAGCUGUCCCAGGCAGACGCAGAGUCAAUGGAGGAGCCAGACAAAAUGAGGAGCAUUGAGGAGGAAACUAAUGACGUCCUGGACAUGAGCAUCGAGCAACUCAGGACUUCAGACACUGAGGCCGACGACAAUGUGGCUUCAGACAUAGAUUUUGAGGUAUUGCGAAGGGAUAUGUGUUUGGAGAAAGGCGAGUUGUCUGAACUGAGGCACAGAGGUCCUCUAAGAGAAGGCACGCAAACCCACCUCACUCAUUCAGACAUCGGGACAGAAAAUCUCUCAUUGGAGGAUGUUCAGUCAUUGCUCCGCUCAGCCUGGCUGUCUCUUCAGCACUUCCCCUCUCCCACUAUCUAUCCCAACCUCUGUACUCUUCUGGCCUUGACCAUGGGACAGCAAGACCCCAAUACUACAGCAAUGCUGCACACCCAGUCCUUGGGCGUCACUGUUCGCCAUCGUACAAUCAGACAUUUAGCCAGAUGUCUCAAAAAGCAGAAAAAAGCUUCCAGUGAGCUGACAGACGAGAUGGAUGCUAUGAGUCUGAAUGAGCCCAGUGGGUCUGUGUCCAACACUUCUACUGAACAGACGCUGUCUCAGAUGGACAUCUUCUCUUUCCCUACUGUCGACUCCUCGAAGUUCCCUCAGAACCACUGUCAGGACUUUAUCCAGCAAAUUCAAGGCAUUCCACCUGGGGUGACGGUGUGUUUGAUGUCUGUGCUUGGAGUAAAACCAGGGGAAAUGGGCAACAGUAUUAUACUGUCACGUCUUGAAAAAGGCUCUGCUCCUGUCACUGUUCACAUCAACACAUCUAAACAGCAGCACCCUAUUAGUUGGAUGAUGGAGGAGAUGGAUAGCAUUCUGGCGGAACAGCAGGUUAUGAGCGGCGAGUCUCUAAAAGCCAAAUGGUGGCAGGGCCGCAAGAGUCUUGACUGCCGAGUUGGGAAACUGUUGAAGGACCUGGAUGGAGUGCUUGGAUGCUGGAACAGCCUGCUUCUCCCCCUUACAUUGGACUCUGAGCUCUCUAAACAGUCCCAACAACUUUGCAAGGCCUUAUCAGCAAGAGGAGUGACCAUUAGCGAGGAGAUGUUGAAGGUUGUGCUUUCUGCAUCUCCUGUGCUCUCUGAAGAAGAUCUUAAAAGUUUUGCGCUUGGAGUUUCUCCACAGUGGAACACUGAGUGUGAUCAGCUUCUCCAUGGAGCUGUUUCUCAACUCGCAGAGAGAGAUGAGCCCAAAGGCCACACGGUUCUAAUCCUGGACAAGUACCUUCAGAAGUUGCCAUGGGAGAGCAUCUCCCUUUUGAAGUCUUGCUCUGUAAGCAGGAUGCCUUCUCUGCACUCACUGCUGGGACUGAGUUUACAGAAAGAGAUUGGCUCUCAGUCCAUCCUGAGGCUUGGGGUGGAUACAAAGAAGGUGUUUUAUGUGCUGGACCCUGAUGCCAAUUUAAAAAACACUCAGGAACAAUUCAAGGACUGGUUUGCCAGUAAACCGGGCUGGCAAGGUGUGUGUGGAGUUGCUCCUGACUCGAGUCAACUUGUAGAAGCUGUUGCGACCAAGGAUCUAUACAUUUACUCGGGUCAUGGAGGAGGUGGAAGGUUCCUGGACAGCCAGGCAGUCCUGAAACGGCAGAUGAGAGCAGCCUCUCUGCUGAUUGGUUGCAGUAGUGCUGCUCUGGCAGUACGAGGGGAUCAGGAGGGGCAAGGCAUCAUUCUCGACUACCUCAUUGCAGGCUGUCCCUUUAUUUUGGGAAACCUGUGGAAUGUGACGGAUCGGGAUAUUGAUCGCUUCGUCACAGCCUUGCUUAAGUCCUGGUUCUCCGCUGGAUCUGGAGCGUCUCUCCUGGAUUACAUGGGUCCAGCACGCCAAGUCCCACUGCUGAGACACAUCAUAGGAGCUGCUCCAGUGGUCUACGGCUUACCGGUCCACCUGCAGUAGGACACAAAGGCUGAAACUCUUAGAAAAAUCAGGAUGUAAACAUUCUAUGCAGUAUUCAGAUUUUACUGUUUCAGCACGUAUGAUUGUAUCUUCGAGUUAAACCCUCAUUUUCCGCAUUGUUUUUAUUUUCAAGCUGAAAGUUCUUUUAUCUUUAUUUAAACUAAUGCUUAAAUAUUUAACCACUGUUUUUUUUUUUUUUUACAGUGUUGAUGGUUUUAAAUACCUUGUAAUUUGUUAUGGUGUUUAAAUGACUUUUUAAUCUGUUGAAUGAUCAACAAUUUUGAAAUAAAGUAG